GUGCGGGUGGACCACGGCUUUGAGCCCACAGCCGAAGACCCGUGGGUGAGGAUUUCCGACUGCAUCAAGAACUUAUUUACCCCCGUCAUGAGCAACAGCCACAGCCGCGUGCCACGGCAGCCCGGCGACGGGCUGGGCGGAGAGGACGGGACGCGGGGCCACCCCGGUGAGGCCCUGCCCACGGCGGACACUGCCAACGGCGCGCCCAAGGUCCACACGCCAGCGGACAGCAGCGGUGUGAAGAGAGGGCCCCCCGUGGCCCCCAAGCCAGCCUGGCUCCACCAGAGCCUGAGCGGCCUGCGGAGGCGGCAGGAAGUCCCCCCGGCCGGCCGGCCAGCGCCCACCCCCCCUCCCCAGGGGACUGGUGCCCCAGCCCCCGCCACCUCCAUCAAGCAGAGGAUCAGCUCCUUUGAAAACCUGGCCUCCUCUCAGACACCUGACAGAGCUCAGAGACUGAGCCUCCACCCCUCCUCUGGGGAGGCCCCCAGCCCUUCCGGGAAGCCUGAGGAUGGGCGGCCGCCUGGGCUUUGGGGGCCAGGAGCCCCGCUCGCUGCCACGCACAAGCAGCCAGAGCAGCCGCCCCAGGGCCUCCCGGAAGCCUCACCAUCUGGUGACCCCGCUGUGCCUGCGUCCCCGACCCCAGCUCGGCCGCCUGGCCGGGAAACCCGGGACUCCGGCUCCCGCCCGAGGCCGCUGUCCUCAGAGGCCGAGGACGUCCGAGGCCCAGCCCUCAAGAUGCCAAGCCAGCGGGCACGGAGCUUCCCCCUGGCCAGGACCAAGUCUUGUGAGACCACGGCGGGGGACGGGAGGUCCGGUAGGCUCUACGCCAUCAGCAGCCAGGUGUCCUCCGCCGUCAUGAAGUCCCUGCUGUGCGUGGCGACCCCCGCCCCCGGCAGCCAGGCCACCCGCCUCCCCCCGGAAGGGGCAGCCCCCCCGCCGGCCCCCAGCCAAGACGCCCCUGCAGACGGGCCUGCCAACGCCGCGGCGCCGGACACCAGCUUCUCCCUCAACCUUUCUGAGCUGAGAGGAUACACGGAGGGGCUGGCCACGCCCGCGGAGGCCCGCUGCGCCUCUCAGCCCUCUCAGCCCGGCCCGUCGGUCAUCGCCCUGCUGAGCCCGGCGGAACUGAGACAGCUCAAGGAGGAAGUGAGCGCCCUGGACGAGACCUCGCUGAAGAAACUAGACAGCAUCCGAGUCACGGUUCUGCACAAGGAGGAAGGAGUCGGCCUCGGGUUCAGCCUGGCAGGGGGUGUGGACCUGGAGAACAAGGUGAUCAGGGUUCACAGAGUCUUCCCUGGGGGCCUGGCCUCCCGGGAGGGCACAAUCCAGAAGGACGACGAGGUUCUGUCCAUCAACGGCAAGUCCCUCAAAGAGGCCACGCACAGCGACGCCCUGGCCGUCCUCCGCCAGGCUCGGGACCCGCGGCAGGCCGUGAUUGUCACCAGGCCGGCGGAGGGGCCCACGCCGGACCUGCACGGCACAGGCUCGGCGGCCAGCCAGGCUUCUGCAGAGCCCGGGGCCACCGUCCUCACCAUGACCCUGGAGAAGACCUCUGUGGGGCUGGGCUUCAGCCUGGAAGGCGGGAGGGCCUCCCUGCUCGGGGACAGGCCCCUCACCGUCAACAGGAUUUUCAAAGGGACCACCUCAGAGCAGAGUGACACAGUCCAGCUGGGAGAUGAAGUCUUGCGCGUGGCUGGCACUGCCACACAGGGCCUCACGCGGUACGAGGUCUGGAGCGUCAUCAAGGCCUUGCCGGAGGGGCCUGUCUCCCUGGUCAUCAAGAGGAGGAGACCUCCGUCCAAGGCUGCUGUGGCUGCUGAAGAUGCCUAGGCAGAGGACUGCUCGUGGGGGCGAAGCCAUGCUGAUUCCCAGCCCCCAGGUCCCCCCCCCGCAGUGUGUGCCCCAUGGCUG